AUGGAGAGACGGGACACAAACUUCCGCGUGUGUGUACCUCUAAAGAAAAGAGUAGCCAUCGCACUGUGGAAGCUUGCAACCGGCGCUGAGUACAGAAGUGUUGGACAUCUUUUUGGUGUAAGCAUAACAACUGUGUGUCGGUGUGUUCAGGAGUUCUGUGCAGCAGCAGAAACCCUGUUGGUACCAGAGCAAAUUCGUUAUCCAGAUCAGGAAAAGUUUAAAGAAAUGGCUGCCUACAUUGAGAACAGGUGGGGACUCCCACACUGUAUUGGUGCUAUUGUUGGAUCACACAUCCCCAUCAUAGCGCCAGAGGAAUAUCACUGUGACUAUUUCAACCAUAAAGGCUGGCAUUCCAUCAUCCUUCAAGGUGUUGUGGAUGGAAAGGGACUUUUCUGGAAUGUUUUCACAGGACUGCCUGGAAGCCUGCAUGAUGCUCGGGUUUUGAGACUGUCAACACUGUGGGAGUUGGCAAGCCGUGGAAACCACAUACCAGCUAACACCAGAAACAUAGGUGGGGUGACUGCUGGCUACUACAUCCUAGGAGACUCUGCCUAUCCCUUGCAGAACUGGCUCUUAAAACCAUUCAUUGACACUGGACACCUGACAGCAGAACAGCAGGUCUACAACAUGAAAAUCUGCAGAGCACGCGUAGUUGUUGAAAAUGCCUUUGGUCGAUUAAAAGGAAGAUGGCGAUGCCUCAUGAAAAGAAAUGACUGUGCUGUCAACCUUGUGAAAUCCAUGGUGCUGACAUGUUGUGCUCUACAUAACCUUUGUGAGAGUCAUGGAGAGGCCUAUGUGAAUGCUUGGGAUUUACCACCAGCAGCAGAGACCGUGGUGGCAGUGCCACAGGCUGUAGAGGAGGAGGGCAGGGAUGUUCGUGCAGGUCUGAUGCGUUACUUGAAUAGUUAA